GGCAGCGAGUGAGUCAAGCUGUCAGCGGAGGGCGUAAUUUGCUUUUGUAUUCAUUUUUCUUAUCAAAUCAUUAAUUAAUAUAUCGGUUCCCCGUACAAUGUUUACGGCGAUAACGCGUGUUUAUGUAUAAAAUAGGAGUUUCCCUGUGUUCUUAUUAGAGGGCGGGUAACAUUCGCGUAAAAUGGGUGCGCUACAUCACACGUGUUUACUUAUUCUGGUCUUAGUGACUCUGUUUGCUAAAGAAAUAUCGCCACGCACUGUGGAAAAGGAUGAAGAAUUGUUCCAGUCGAAACCUCAGUAUACAGGCUCUUCGGAACUGGAGAAAGUGUUCGGCGAUUUAGUAAAAUCGUACCCGGAACUGGCGAAAGUAUAUUCUAUAGGGAAGUCGGUUGAAGGGCGCAAGUUGCUGGUGAUCCAGAUCACGAAAGAUGUGGGUCAGGUCCAUGAGACCCGGCCCUCGUUUAAGUAUGUGGCCAAUAUGCACGGAGACGAAUCCGUGGGGCGGGAGUUGGUGAUAGAUUUGGCCAAAUAUCUGCUGACGAACUACGGCAAAGAUGACAGAGUCACGUCGCUGGUGGACAACACAGAUAUUCACUUGAUGCCGUCUCUGAAUCCUGAUGGCUUUGACAGUAGUAAGGAGGGCUGCGAAUCCUUACCAAACUUCGUCGGUCGCAACAACGCGAACGGGGUUGACCUGAACCGGGACUUUCCCGAUCAAUUCGACGCGGACCGCUCUGAUGAUGAGGAGUACCUCUUCGGCCACCGACAGCGGGAGACGGUGGCUCUGAUGAAGUGGGUCAUGGGCAAGCGGUUUGUGCUGUCUGGAAACCUGCAUGGUGGAGCGGUGGUUGCGAGUUACCCUUAUGACGAUUCUAUCACCGGCCGCGACUGCUGCGUAGAGAGCCUGGCACCAGAUGAUGCAGUGUUCAAACUCCUCGCACAUACCUUCGCGUCCAAGCACGAGGAUAUGAGGAAGGGCACCACCUGUCCCCCAGACAACUUUACCGAUGGAGUCACUAACGGCGCCGACUGGUACUCUGUUAAAGGAGGCAUGCAAGACUUCAACUACCUCCACGGGGACUGCUUCGAGGUGACCUUCGAAUUGUCCUGCUGCAAGUACCCGGCGGCGUCCGAGCUGCCGCGCUUCUGGGAGGUCAACCGCGAGCCGCUGCUGGCCUUCAUGCAGCACGCGCAUAUGGGUGUCAAGGGACACGUGGUAGACCAACAUGGGGAGCCGGUCAAGCACGCCAUCGUGCAAGUGGAAGGCAUCAACCAUCCGGUGAAGGUGACAGAGCACGGCGUGUACUGGCGUCUACUGCUGCCUGGAGUCUACAACGUGUCUGCUUCAGCUAUGGGGUACGACUCAAAACCGGUGACCAUCACGGUGCCCCCACUGGGAGUCGAAGCUUUGACCGUGAAUCUCACGCUGACCCGCCGCGAGGACGAGCAUGAAAGGAAGCCGCGUCACGACCUGGACGGCAUUUCAGCUCUGGACUUCCAGCACCACGACUUCAAGAGCAUGGAGAAGUACCUCCAGGAUCUGCACGACAAGUAUCCGGAGAUCACGGCGCUGACCAGUAUUGGGAAAUCCGUGGAGGGACGGGAGCUGUAUGUGAUGGAAGUUACGAAGAACCCUGGGAAGCAUUUGCCUGGCAAACCUGAGUUCAAAUACGUGGCCAACAUGCAUGGAAACGAAGUGGUGGGCCGCGAGCUUCUGCUUGAACUGGCCAAGUUCCUCUGCUACCAGUACUAUGCGGGAGACGAGAGGGUGCAGCGUAUACUGAACACUACCCGAGUGCAUCUUAUGCCUAGCAUGAACCCGGAUGGCUACGAGAAGUCCAGAGAAGGCGACUACAGCAGCAUGCGAGGCCGAGCCAAUGCCCACAAGGUGGACUUGAACAGAAACUUCCCCGAUCAGUACGGGCCUACAAAGGACAACAUUUUCCCCGAACCAGAGACAAUAGCGGUGAUGAAUUGGUCGUUGUCUAUUCCUUUCGUGUUGUCCGCGAACCUUCACGGCGGUGCCCUCGUCGCCAACUACCCGUAUGAUGGCAACCCUGACAUGAAGACGGGCGUGAAGUCCGCCUCGCCUGAUGAUCCUGUGUUUAUGCAUUUGGCUCACGUUUAUGCUGACGCUCACACGAAAAUGCAUCUGGGGCAGCCCUGCAAGAACUUGAUAGACGAAAAGUUCCCCGGAGGCAUCACUAACGGCGCCCAGUGGUACGUGCUAGCGGGAGGCAUGCAGGACUGGAACUACCUACACACGAAUGAUAUGGAGCUGACUUUAGAACUGGGUUGCUACAAGUUCCCGCCGGAAUCUGACUUACCUACUUACUGGGAGCAUAACAAGGAUGCGCUGCUGACUUAUAUCGAACAGGUCCACAAAGGAGUCCACGGCUUCGUCCACAGCCACAUCGGCAGCGCGCUAGCCAAUGCGACCAUCACCGUUGAAGGCAUCAGGCAUACAGUACGCUCGGCGGUUGAUGGAGACUACUGGAGGAUACUGCUACCAGGGACCUAUAACGUCACUGCUAGCCGUAGUGGGUACGAAAGUGUAACGGAAGAAGUGACCGUCCCACCCAAUGGAUCCGUCAGCCUUAACUUCACGCUCAUGGCUAUCGACCCCCAGCACUGGUCAUCAGCGUACGACUUCCGCGUGCUAGAGAACAUAAUCAACACGCGGUACCACUCUCGCCUGGAGGCCUACGAGUUGCUCUCAGAGCUGGAGAACAAAUUCCCGGACGUAGCGGAGUUCCGAGCUGGAGACAGUCUGGCUACGUCGAUGUUCCAUGAGCUGAAGAUCACUGACCAGGUCGGUUCGCCCGAAGAGACCAAGUUCCACAUAGCGAUCAUCAGCAGCUUCUACGGCUCAGAACCUCUUGGACAAGAGAUGCUAAUCAACUUUGCUCGGCACAUAGCCAACGCCUAUUCCAUAGGAGAGCCCCUCCACAAACGCUUGCUAAACACCACCGUACUACACUUCAUCCCCAACAUAGACGUACUAGCUGAAAAAGUCAUAAAACAGUACGACGGAUCCAGCAAAUGUGAGGUCGAUACUUUAGAAGAAGGUUUUGGAGACAGCCUGUAUAGCUACAUAACUCAAAGCAACAAUAAUCCGUUGACAAACUACACCAGAGAAAAAUCCUUUGUGGAACUGUUAAAGAGUGAAAAGUUCGAUCUGGUGCUGGAACUGUCUUCGGGGAACGAGGAUGUGGCGUAUCCCGAAAUGUCGAAGGAGAUAUAUGAGAAGUUCGCGAGGGUCUACCAGGAUAACAGGACGCCUAGCGACAAGUACGCGUGUGUGGCGUCAAAUGAUAAUGAAAUACACGGAGCCCUAAUCGACACGCUGCUAGAGAAACUCGACACGCCCGUAAUAUCUGCGGGCCUGAGCUGCUGCCGCAUGCCCGAGGCGAGGGACAUCGCGUGGGUGUGGCGGGACAACCUGCAGAGCGUCAUGAGCUUCGUGCAGCAGGCUGACACUGGUAUAAUGGGCUACGUAAAGAACGAGCUAGGCGCUCCGAUGCGCGAGGCCACAGUCUCUGUGGAGGGCGUGGCGAAGCCCUACCGCGUGAGCGCCAACAUGGCGCACUUCCGGCUUAUGCUGCCGCCCGGGGAGUACCGGGUCGUGGUCCGCUGCCACAAGUACGAGGACCAGGCCUUCACAUGGCGAGUUGUGGAAAAGGUGGUGAAGCAUAAAGACGUGGUCCUGCGUCGUGUGAACUCGGAGCACCUGCCUGGAGGACAGUUCAGCGAGUUGCCUCUCCCUGUGCCGGUUGAAGUUGAUCCUAACACCAUCUACGUUACAGGCCUAGCCCUGGACAUCAACAGCCAGCCGCUUCCCAACGCGAUCCUGACCAUCUUCCCGCUGAAGACGCUCAAGCCAGUAGCCACCAACACCAGCGACGCCGCCGGGCACUUCGCUGUGCGUCUACCAGUCACCUACCUGGGCAAGGAAGUGAGAAUGACCGCGCGCGCGUCAGGAUAUAUUACUAGGGAGAAACAUGUGCCGAUUAACGAGAACGACAACGUGACGCCGAACAUACUGUUCAAGUUGGAAAAGGACGACUAUGUUCUCGGCAUGCCGCGGCUGGUCUUCGUCAUGCUGGCAGGUGUGGUGGGUGUAUGCGUGGUGACUCUCGGCGCCUGGUGUUUGAGUUGCCGCCAGCGCGCGCGUGACUCGCGCAAAGACUACUUGUUCACGCAACUACCCUCCGAUGAUAAGAGGCCGCUGUGUGCUGACGAUAAUUACGAGAUAGUACGCAAGCCGUACUACGAUGAGGAGGACCUACCGCCCUCCGAAACGGACUCUGAGGACGAAGUGGUCCUCCUGCGCUCCGACCGCGACUGGAAGUCCACUGAGUGAGCCAGCGACCACCAGCCCUGUUCUUGAAGCAUUCUAAGCUUCAACUUGCGCUCAAUAGUUGGCACCACUGACUAUCUUACUUGCCUGUGCCUGUGGCGCCAACAUGGUGGUGCAAAUGCAAUAGUCCUACCGCUUCAGCGAUCACCAGUUUGACGCCACUAUUGAGUGACAGGACUUGAUAGUGG